AACCCGUGACGUAAGCGGUCACCAUUCUACUGUGCGGACAAUCAGUAAACACCGUCUGCAAAGUGACAACAAACCGCAAUAUCGAGUAUUUUUGAGGAUAUAAUACAAUCAUGGACACAUCGACCAUAGGGGGGUUCAUCAGCACUCUCACUGAGAUGGGCUUCAGUGAGGACCAGAUACAGGCAGCGAUGCAGGCAGGAUUCUUCUCUGUACCAGAAGCGGCUGAAUGGCUUUUGCAAGGCGGUAGUCCACGACAUAAACUAGUCAAGCAGCCUUCAGGUCCUCUAGAAACAGCGUUUUCUGCAUUCAACCCUCCCAAAGAUGCUCUUUGCUACAACAACAACAACUCACAGUCUGAAGCAACAGGUCCCUCUUUAGUCUUGGCACCUCCUUCCGCAAACAGUCCCGGAGCGAAAGAGCAUCCACCCCUGGAAACGCGGAUCAAGCAGGAUAAGAGUAAUUUCCACGAGCAGCAGAGGCAACGAGUGGCCCAAGAGGCACAGCUAGAGAAGAGACAAAAGAAGCAGGAGCGUGAGUUGGUACUGAAGAGGAUAGCAGAGGACCGGCGCAGUCAGCAGGAAAAGGCCCAAACUGAAGCCACAGCUGAGACCUCUCCAUCCAGCGGACAGGGACAGAGACUGGGUGGACGUGUGGAGACGAGCGUGGACAACCACUGCAUCCUCAUGAUCCGCCUCCCUUCUGGGGAAUCAAUGCGUGAGCGUUUCCCUGCAGACACUCCCUUAAGUCACGUCGUCGAGUUCAUUAGCGGUCGCCACCCAUCACUACCCGCCUUCUCCCUCCUGCAAGGGUUCCCUCGCAAGCGCUUUGGUGAAACCGAGCUAUCCUGCUCCCUCCGGUCUCUGGGACUGACCCCCAACGCUGCACUUUGCAUUCAGACCACGCCCCCUGAGACGCCACAGGACCCGCCCAGUCCAGCAUCCGGAUUGGCUCCUGUAGGACAGCCGGAGGCGGAGCCACAGGAAGAGCCGGUGGCACCGCUCAAUGAGCCACCCCGAGUGGAGGCCGAAGCUUUAGAGGAACUGGAUGUGCCCCCACCGCUGCCCCAUCAGCUGUGGGAGGAAGCAGUGGGGUAUGCUGGGAUUCCUGGGGUCGAACCUCCACUGUCAGGACCCUCUCACUUCUGGGGACGAGGCCAGAAACUGGUGCAAGGUGAUGCAGAAGAUGAGGAACAUUUAGAAAACGAUGAGCAACCAGAAGAAGAAGUUGUACCUCCAUUUCAUCUCAACGGAAUGCCACAGUUGCCCUUCUUCCUGGAGAACAGGGCAAGAGGAGGACUGGAGCCCAGACAUCACUGGCCGGAGCAGGGCAACAGACUCAGGGAGGCGGAGCCUGAAGUCCCAGCAGACCCUGAGGAAGCCCGUGCGUUGCGUGGAGCUGCGGGUCAAGCAGCGGUAGAGCGUUUACAGAGAGCCGCCCAUCACGACGAGCAGCAUUCCCCACACGGGCAGCCCUCACCCCCCAAAAAAGCCUUCAAGACCCCCCGUGUGCCCUCUCUCUGCUCGAUGGCCACCAGGGCCACCGUUUCCCUCAUGACAGCUCCCAGCAUGCAGUACAGCAGUAGCCUGGCGUGUCUGACCCCAGAGCUGGCCGAACUCUUGUUGGCUCACAUGGCACGUGAGCGUUCACUCCGACCACGCACACUGGAGCUGUUCUUUGGCUGCCCGCUGCAGAGGUUUGUCCUAAACUGCUACCCGUACACCACCAACGAGCUUCUGCGGCAACUGAGGGCGUUUUCCUGUCUCAAGCAUCUCAGCUUCGUCAACUCUCCACUUAUCACAGAUGCCGGACUUUCUGUGUUGUCCAACCUCUCAAAACUGCAGCAUCUCAACCUGUCGUCCUGUAGCAAACUAACAGACAGCUGCAUGCAGCAUAUCACAGGACUCCGCAGUCUGACGUUCCUGGCUCUGGACCAGACCAAAGUAAGCGAUGCAGGUCUGCUGAUGUAUCUGCAGUCAGGUUCCUCUGCGCUGUGUCAGCUCAGCCUGAAUCAGACGGGCAUCACGGAGCGCACACUGAGAGCGCUGCCCUCGUGCGUGCCACAACUGCGAAUGCUCAGUAUUAAACACACCAAGGUGAGUGAUGUGUCUGCCCUCGCAGAGCUCCGAAACCUGCAGACGCUUCACCUGGACGGCACAGGUGUACGGGAAAAUUCUCUCCAGUGCCUAGCAUCCCACCCUAGCCUAUCAGCUCUCAGCCUGGCUGGCAUACCCGUCACAGAUGGAAACCACGUGCUGGAGAUCAUUUCAGGCCUGAGGCUCACCCAGCUCACCCUUCCUGGCAGACACUGUGUGACAGACGUUGGACUGUCAUUUCUAUCCAGACAGACUUUGCUCUUAGAGCUCGACCUGACCGACUACACUCAGCUCACCGACCACGGCAUUACGCAGCUUGCCAACAUGAACAGGCUGAAGAAGCUGUCUCUUAGCAACACUCAAGUGAGUGACAGUGGGCUGCAAGGACUGAUCAGUCUAAAAGAACUCCAGGAACUGUGUCUCGACCGGACUGCUGUCACUAGCAGGGGCGUUUCAACCUUGAUCACACACUUGCCACAUCUGCAGGUGAUGGGUUUGGCCAGUACACAGGUUGGCGAUACAGUGAUCAGACAAGGUCUAGUUCACUGUCCACAGCUGGUGAAACUCAACCUCAGCAGAACCAGAAUCACUGAUCACGGUCUGAAGUUCCUGUGUCGUAUGCAGUUGAGUCAAGUGAACCUGGACGGCACAGGUGUGACUCUCGUUGGCAUUGCCAACCUGAUCUCCGCCUGCCCUCACCUGACCAGCGUACGAGCCAGCCAAACCCGCGCCAUACCUCCAGACCAGCAGUCUGACGACGACGACGACUACGAUAAUGGCAGCAACACCGCACGAUCCUAGUAUUAUGUGUAUUAGUACCCUUCAGUUUCUCUAUGGAAAGAGUAUUCAGACCUAACUUUUUCCAUAAAGUAGAACUACAGUCUCACUUGGGUUCGACAAUCAAGUUGUUUUGUUUUUGUUUUUUUUAUGUGGUUACACAACUUGUUAGUGUUAUGAACAAAAAGUUCAUAUUUAACCUGCGUUUUGUCUGUAAAAGGAACUUUAAAUGUGCCAUGAUAUGCACACUUCAAAUUUCUAUUUUCUGUGGACAUUUUGCAUUUUUUGUAAAAUAAAGUGAAAUAUCAUUAAAAAA